CAUCGGGGAAGUGGACUGUUAAACUUAUCGGAGGCAAAGGAAGGGAACUGUUUUCAUGGAAGCCUCUUAAAGGAAUUAGUCGCACCGCAGGGAUGUCUUGAUAGCACUACACAGGCUAAUACUAGCGUUAAAUUGGCUAACCAAGUGUUCACUCCACACAAGUGCUGUCAGAGGUUUAGAUAUAGCGUUACGAAGAGGAGGGAGAAGUAUUACGCCAUCAACCCGAGCUUCCUGAACUUGAAGUCAAGCUAGGCAACCAAAACCUAUAACCGCAGCGGACGCCGAAGGUGAAAAAACAGACCACGAAAAGGUUAACCGACCCCCAGACUUUGUACGUCUACAGUCACAAGACAGUUCGGAGUAACUUUUGGUGAAGCUUAACCGGACUUGUCGCGAUGUCUCUGGCCGACCAGAGCCAGCAGUGGUUCCCCACCAGCGUACAGGUAACGGUGCAUCAGGCUCGGAGCCUGCGCGUCAAGGGUAAGAAUGGCACCAACGACGCCUAUGCCAUCAUCCAGGUGGCCAAAGAUAAGUUUUCUACCUCUGUGGCGGAGAAAUGUGUCGCUCCAGUGUGGAAAGAGGAGGCUUCGUUUGACCUACCGCUCUUCCACCCGGGCAACGCUGAACGCUGCACCCUUUAUGUCAUAGUGAUGCAUCGUUCCCAGGUGGGACUCGACAAAUUCUUGGGGCAAGCUGUGAUAAACCUACUGGAUCAGCACGACAACAAGUCUCGCAAAAAGACAGAAUGGUUCAAGCUGGUGGACAAGACUGGAAAGGAGGACAAGGCCAGAGGAGAAGUGCUAAUAGAUAUUCAAUUUAUGCGAAACAACAUGUCAGCUAGCAUGUUUGACCUUUCUAUGCAGGACAAACCACGCUCCCGCAUCUCCAAGAUAAAGGACAAAGUCCGUGGGAAGAAAAAGGAUGGCUUCUCCGACUCUGCCUCAGCUAUUGUCCCGUCUGUGAGCCAGGUCCUGACAGACAGCGAUGGAGAGGCCGAUUCAGUCUCACUUAAUCAGACUCCAGGAGAGAAAAAAAAGAAAUCUAAAUUCAAAACCCUUUUUGCUCCCAAAUCAAACUUGCAGAAGAAUAUGUCACAGUCCAUGUCUACACUGGGGACUCUUCCUGAGAGGAACUCAUCUCUCAGUGGCAGCCGCUCAUCUGGUCUCAAUGUAGACUCCCCUGAAGUUAAGAAGAAAUUCAAAUUCCUGGGCCACAAGCGGACAGGCAGCUCUGACAGCAAGGUGUCUCAGGGUCCUUUCUCCCUACUGGGCCGCUCCAAGCAGAGCAACAGUGACCUGAACAGCCUGUGCAUCAACGGCAGCCAUGUGUAUGCAGAGGACACAGAGCCCAAGAGUGGAUCCACCCUCAGUCUGAACAGCUCAGGCCAAGGAUCUGUGGAGGAUGUCCGGAAACAUUCCUCAGAUAUGUCUGCAGAUUCUUUCAAAAACGUACCUGUGCCUUCCCACAGCCAUGAGUCUUCAGACAGGGCUAUACUGGAGCAACAGCGCCAUCAAGAGGAGGAGGAGAGAAGGCAGGCAGAAGAAAGGCGCAUAGCAGAGGCCAAGAGGCUGGAAGAAGAAGAGAAAUACAGGGCAGAGGCCAAGAGACUGGAAGAAGAGGAGAAAUACAGGGCAGAGGCCAAGAGACUGCAGGAGGAAAAGGAACGCAUGUACAAAGAGGAGCAGGAGAGGAAGAGACGCUUCCUUGAGGAUGAAGCAAGAAGGAAGAAACAGAGGGAGGAGGAGGAAGACAGGAAGAAACAAGAGGAAGAACGCCGGAUGCUGGAAGCAACUGAGAAUCAGCGGCUUGAGGAGGAGCGUCACAGACUGGAGGAGCAGAAACGACAGGAGGAGGCCUCCAUGAGCGACAGGCUGACGUCUCUGUUUGGAAUGAUCCGAAAGAAGGAGGAGAAAAAGGAGGAGGUACAGGAAAAUACCAAAGAGGAGCUACCCACAGCAGCCCCUCGCAUUGAGUUAAAAGAUCCCGAUCAACCAAUCUCCCACCACUCCACCAACCCGUUUGAGGAAGCUCCCCCCAGCUCAGAUAUUACAGUUAGCAGUAACGAAACCCCAGCUGAUCAUCUGAAAUCUAACCGCAACCCACAAACCCCCUCUGCCAUGGUCUUCCUCAACCGUACUGCAAAGGUGUCUGCAGUCAAACCCAGAUUGGCUCAAUCUCUGACGUCUGAACCCACUGACUCACUAACCCCCAGUCAGCAGUGUCCCUCCCCAGCCACCCCUGAAUCCACCCUCUCUAGUGUCCCAUCUGAAUCCCCUGAUACUUUCUCCAACCUUCACUCGUCUCUGGCUCCACCAAAUAUUAGUCAAAGUCCAUCUGGUUCUCCUCGUGACAGCAUAGAGAAUCUGUCAUCUGUGGGAUCUUCAACCACCAUGGCUGAUAAGAAGAGAAGAGCCCCCCUCCCACCUCCUGUACAUGAGACCCAGACAGGAGGAAACUACAUACCUGUCAGAGAGAUCAGUAACCCUGGAUACGUUGAGGCAGAUGUGUCGCAGCAGGGCAAAAAAGUCUCUCUACCCCUCCCUGAUUAUGAAACCCUCUUCCCCCAGAAGAGACAUGGAGUACAGGGGCAAACGCGAUGGGACCAUAUAAUUGCUGAUAUCAAUCAGAGACAUCGGGACACUCCACCUGAAUUUCUGGGUCCAGAGAUGAGUGUGGAUGGCCCAGAGGAGCAUGAACCCAGUCUUCAGUCUUCACUUCCACAAGAGAGGCAUCAUCAAACACAACCUUGGGAAGCCAAACCUGUGUCGUCAAAAAAAGUAGCGGCCCCAGCUCCCCCUAAACCAGUGGUUUCUCCACAACCUAGAUCAGUAUCAGACUCCAGUCAAAGACAAAGCCAAAACAUGGCACAUGCUCAGAAGUCUCUCAUGAGCCCCAAUCCCUCUGCAGCCCCAGGACAUGUAAAUACUGACACAUUAAGCAGAGGAAAUCUCUCAGAGAUUUCCAGGAAUGGAGCAAAGAAGGCGUUGCAACCACCCCCUGCAGCAACACAUGCACCCAGACCAACCAGCCAAAUGGAUUGGGAUACAGCACCAACAGAUGACCAAAUAAAAGUGCCAGUCGCCAUGAACAAAGAAGCUCCCACAGCCAAACCCAGGCAAAGGGUUAGUGGCAAAGAGCCAGUAGAGCAAGGAGAAUCUGCUGUCACAAAAAUGAGCAACACGUACAAAAAUGGUGGAAAGGCAAAGGAGAACUUUACUGAGUUUGACCCAUUCCCCAACACUGAGCUUCUUUCCAAAGACCCGUGGGCACAAGUGAGCCAGAACCAAGAAGCAGAUGACCUUUUUACCGGCAGGGUACGGAAAGAGCAGAAACCAGAAGAUCGCGGAUUGACAACAGGUGAUCUUGAUAACAUCUUUAAUCAAGAGAAACCAACAGAUCCCUUCUCAAGUUUGAAUGGCAGCAGUUCAAACAAACAAAACGAAUACAUGAAAAAAGAUGAUGAUUCAAAGCAACUCAGUCCUGCUUUCCAAAGAAAAAAUUCACAGAAGCGAAAACAGAUUCUUCCUUCAAUAACCCACUCAGAGAGAGCUUCCAAAUCUCGACAAGAACCUGCAUAUCAAGAAGAAACAGCUGAUCAAGGCCUCCCCGCAAGAGAUGUUGCAAAUGAGUUUGUCACACCAAAGCAUCAAGGUGAUGUGAAAACACAAAGCAACUUUUAUGGCAGAGAGGAUCCAUUCGGAGCUGAGCCUUUUACUGCACCCUCUGCCUUUACUUCUUCAGAGCCCCUUCAGGUAGUUAUGGAGGAACCAGUAUCACAGGCAGGAGUUUUGUCUGGGGGAAAGACUCUUUUGCGAGCAUGGGUCUCGCCCUCUGAGGUUCAGCCUGUCAGUGCUCAGAAUAGCAAUGGAGGUGGGCUAGCCUUAACUCCACGCAGGCCUCAUCCGGUGAAGCCCAUGAGCGCAGCUGAAACCCAGCAUCCAAUCAGCACCCCUGCUGUGAAGGAGAUAAAGGCCCACGAUAGCACACCAGCGAAGAUUAAGGUGGCAGACUCGGCGAAAAGUGGACCUUACACUCAGCUGACACAGGAAGAGUUGAUCACACUGGUGGUAAAGCAGCAAACUGAUCUGUCCAGGAAGGACGCUAAGAUCGUUGAGCUCGAAGAGUACAUAGACAACCUGCUGGUCCGCGUCAUUGAUGAGCAGCCCAGUAUCCUGCAAGCCCUUAACGCUGCCAAGCCAGUGUAAGGUUAAGAGUGCUGGAGGAAGAGUCCUGCUUAAGGACCCAGUUAUGUUUUUGUGUGUAUGUUUGUACUGUUGUCACUGUGUAAGGCUAAGAGCAUAUGCACUUUUUUUAGUUUCAAUGUGGAGUUAGAGUAAAAUUUGUUUUGGAAUGCUGGAAAGUGUUUCUGAAGUUGUGAUGGUGUGUGGUGAAUCCUCAAUAACAAGCAAGUAAAUAUCUUUAUAAAUGCAAAUGAAUGUAUUUGUUUUGACACUAAGGUACUCGCAUUUGCUUUAAAAAAAACUCGUUACAUGAUAAUAUGUUCAACAUCUUGAUUUAUAUAUCAUACUUAAUGAAAGUUAGGUUGCUCUUUAUUUAAUAUAUCAAUUAUGCAAAGACAAACUGGCCUUUUUUACUCUACACUGGGAUUUGUGUAAUUUAUUUAUGUGUAAAGAAUGAUCACAAACAUGCCGUUAUACAAUCAUUCCAAAUUCAGGCACCAUCCUGAGGUAAGAAUGUAAUAAUUCUCUCAAAAGGUAGUUUGUAUAUUUGCAAUAAAUUGUUAGUCAUUUGCACUCCAUCACUACAGGUCAUAACUAUAAAUUAUGACCUCGAUACCACAUCAACUGAGGAAAGAUUAUUUACAUAACAAGCACACAUUGACUUCUCCCUCCACCACUGAAGUCUUAUUUUUUAUUUUUUGGCAAGCAUGUAUUUUUUUUUUCAUCAGUCAGUUAACAACAUUCCUCCCUUUUUUUUUACUCACCACAGUUGAAUGUCAGCUUGUCUUCCAGUCCUCAAAAGAUAUUGUGCCUACUUUUGCUUUAAAGAGGUAUUAUUUAGAAAACCAGCAACGAAUGACAGCAAGCAGCUACUAUUUACUGUACAUAGUUUUAAUCACAUAGUCGUUAUGGGAGUUAAUUCAUUCAUUUGGUUGUUAUUUAGCCUGUGCACAAAGUUGGUUGAACUAUUAUGCAAGUAAUACAGAAUCAAACUAUUCUAAUAAUAAUGCAAGAUUUUGAUCACUGUGAUUUUUGUGUUUUAUUUAUAAAAAAUGAUAAUCAAAACUUAAUCAUCAGAGGAACAGUAGUAGCAGUCUCUGUCGUACACAGCUGGCCUUGUCUUUGUAAUUGAACUACACUAAUGAAUGAACCUUGCAUCUCUGCCUUUUAUAUGAUAACAUUAUUUGAUGUUACCGUAGAAAUUAUAGCAAUAUUAAUCUUGAGAAUGUAUAGACCUGUGCCUUCAAAAACCUUUUUCAUGGCUUUUAUGUCUUGAUUUGCUGGAUGAAUAGUUGUUCUGGGUGAGCGCUCAAAGAAUGUGCAGAAUGUACAGUCGGAUGCAUUAAGUGUUUGUAGGACAUGAAAAACAAUUCUACAGUGUAAAACUUCUGAAAGGAAUAAUGCUGAGAAAAAUAUGGUUUUAUUUGAAAUAAAGACACUAAUUGUUGCA